GUACGAGUAGUAGUACUCUACUCGACUCAUACUAUAAUACUACCGUCUACUUGCUAUACCUUUGAAGAUGCAAGAUGAACUCUUCCCCUCCACCCCCGUCUCUCACACUUCCUCCACCCCAUCCCAGUCGCAAAUUCUCCUUCGAAGAUGCCCAAUCUCGUCCGUCCAUGUAUGUCAGCUUGUUUAAGGAGAUGGUCGACACGGUCUUGGCCUCCGAAUCUUAUCUCUUCACACAUAGGGAGGUAUCGGCGCUUCGGUACAUCCUAGACCUUCCCUACGAGCCAAAAUACCUGCUGAUUCGCUUAUUGCUACGACGUCCGGGCAAGAUACAUUCGCUUUCCUCCCUGGUGGCUGCCUAUGCGUCUGAGCUCGGCGAACAAGGCGUCGGCCGAGGCAUGGAAGCUCUAUUAGGUCCCAUCCCGAUAUCGGACUGUAGCAGCCAGAACUCAACUACCGAUCGUGACGAAAAUCAAAAGACCAUGUCACCGAAAGCACGAAAGAGACAGGCAGUUCGUCCAUGGGAUGAUAUAUCUACUGGUAUGACAGCAGCCGAGGAGGAAGCCGAUCCAGAUCUCGCCGAGGCCAUACGGAAGAGCAUGUGGACAUUGAAGGAUCCGCCUCUCGAAGUCAUUACGUCGAGCCCAAUCCACAUUGCGAUGGAUCCCCAUCUGCAGGCUUGUGGAGGCGCAGUCGCCCCACAUACCUCCUCCAUGACCCUGUCUUCUUCGCCUAUCACCGCACUAGUUCACGACGAAAGCGACAUGUCCUUUAGCGACAUCAUGACAAGUGUCUCGGCAGAGGAUCUCCGUCGUUUCGCUCGACAACGCAAGGUGCCCCUGAAAGCGACGGCCAACAAGGAGGCCGUCAUGAAUGCUCUCACGAACCUAGCUUCUAAGCAAACAGUACUCAUAUUCUCCGGAGGAAAGGGCAAAAGCAGUAUGCCGAAGCCACCUGCAGUACGCUCUACGUCUUGCACCGCAGAGAGUCGCUUGAAGGCCCAACUGCUUCCGUAUGUAGGAUUUCGCGUCAUUCGACUCACACCCGAAGUACAUAAUCUCAUCCGACGUCUGAACCUUAUCUUCUCUCGCAUCCCCCCGACUGCAUCUGGCUCCUCCCUCAUGCUCCCUUCCAUACUUGUCACGUCCCAUAAGCGACGCUAUCCAGAUUACGGGCCUCCUACGCGGUCCGUUAUAUGGCGUGACAGAGAAGAAUUGCUGAAAUGGGAAGGAGCCGCACAUCUGGAGGCGGCCAUCGGGGAAGCCCUUGGUGACGACUGGAACGAGCAGAGAAGCGAUGCUCGAAGGGCUUGGAAGCUCGGCCAGCGGCUGAGUCGAACUGAUGGCGCUCAAAAAGCCAAGCAAAUAUGGCAAACAGCUUGGCCUGUCUGGCAGUCACUGGUUGAAGGAGCGAGAGGCGAAGCAAUGGGAUCGCUUCAGGUUCGAAAUUCUGGAGCCCUUGCUGGAGAUCGUUUCGCCGCAGGUCAUGUUCUCACAAGAGUCGUAUACAAAGGUGCCAUCGCGCUCGGAAUCCUUCACGAAUACGAUGAAGAGUGCAAGGUUUUACGUGCCUUGCUCAGACAGCAUCGUUGGCGACGCGGAAAGAGAGGAGCCUGGUACGGGAGACUCGCGCUUAUAUUGAUGAAUCACUACAAUGCCAGUCUUGUAGAAAAAGAGCUCAAGAUGCGCGAGGCAACCCAAGUCUGCAUUGAUGGUCUUCUGGAUGAGGACACUCAUCUGAUCUUCCGGCCCUCUCUCAGCCGACGCCUCGGUAGGUUAGAAAAGAAACUGAAUUUGCCUGCCGAUGAACGCCACAUAUCUCAUGCUGAGCUGGCGAAGUGUCAGAUGAGGGAACUGUCGGCGACGCGUGUCUUGGAGAAUCUCGGUCGUCCAAAGCUACACCCGACUCGCAGUAACUCGACCAGAGGGGCGAGCCCGGAUGUGAGCGAAGAUGAGUCGGCCAUUGACCGAGGGCUGCAACAAGUUGGAAAGAGCGUCUGGAUGGGGACUAAUGGCGAGGUUACGGUCGAGGGCUGGGUCUUGGAGUGGUGGGAGCGACGGGGGUACAAGGGGUUCCACUCCGAAGGGUCCAUUCUCACCACGCUGUUCGGGUUGUUGAUGUGGCCCAUACUGUUCCAUCCUCUGCCCGGUGCGUUCGAGACGGCGUAUCAAAUAGCUCCUCUGGAUCUGGGCGAAGACACUUUUGCGACCGCCCGAGCAGAGCUUAUCGAGUUACGUCUUAUGGAAAUGAGCGAGACGGCCCGGGCCAUUGAGAUGCUUCGCGAAGCGGAUCACCGAGAACGGCCUAACGGCACCUGGGCCGUUGGUAUCUCGUGGGAAUAUCCAGCGGACGAUCUCGAGGAGAUCCUGGAAUGCCUUGGCGGGGCUGCCAUGACGACGAUAUGUCGAAUGCUAUGCGAGGAGUACAGACACAGGGUGUCCGGGGUGCCUGACUUAAUUGUUUGGGACGCUGCCAAUAAGGAUAUCAGAUUUGUCGAGGUCAAGGGGCCGGGAGACAGUCUGAGCGAGACACAGAAAAUAUGGAUCGAUGUUCUUCUUUCAGCCGGCGUGGCAGUCGAAGUGUGCCGCGUGAAGGAGCUGGAGGCUCCGGAUCAGUCGUUGAGACCGAAGAAGAAGAUGAAGAUAGAUGCGGGGGGGACGGCGAGGAGACGUGGUAAGGCACGAGACAUCACAUCUGACGUGGGAGAUGUUGAGACUCGAAGCGGCGAGCUGCGAGAGGGGAUAUGAAGAGGGCAGAAUAAGGGGGGUGGUCACGAGUAGGACAAUCAUGAUGAUCUUGACGGUGUUGUACGAAUAGCAAACUGUAGCAUCAUGAUAUCAUAUCACUGAU